AGUGUCCUAGCUAGGUUUGUCCGUGCCUUAUGGGCCAAAUCGUCAAUUUCAGUACAGUAAAUUCCAGUGUAGGUGCCUCAGGCAAGCCUUUUCGUCGGAGCUACAAGCUUGCUAGCUACUAGCCGUACAAAGUUAGAAUAAACGUCGAUAAAGAACGAGUUAUCGGAAGAUGGACAAAAAUGAAACACCGUGGAAGCUGUCGAUGCUGGAGAUGCUUAACAAGCACAAGAGCGUCGAGUUGAUGCCGUCGGAGAAAAAUCCAGCCAACUGCGACUUGGAGGCGAGUGUCAUGGAAUUGCCGCCAACACCGUUAGUGAAGACGCUAGGUUAUGGCACCGGUGUGCAAGUUUAUGUUGUGAAGCGCAAUCUAACCACCGAGGAACGCUCACCGUGGGCGAUCAAGAUGCUCAGUGCACGGGAUCCGAGUAAUAGAGCCAUGUUUGACAAGCGUCUGUCGGAGGAAGCAGAUAUAGUGGAAAAUCUUAAACAUCCUAACAUAGUAGGUUUCAGAGGCUAUGAUACAAUAGGUGUUGGCGUUAGUUUUCUUGCGCUAGAGUACUGCAACUCAUCGCUCGGGGACAUUCUGGAAAAACGAUACGCAAAGAACGCGGGUCCGUUGGAGGCCGAUAAGGCCAAAAGAAUGGCCAUCGAUGUGCUAAGCGGGCUAGUGUACCUCCAUGAAGACGCACACAUCCUCCACGGCGACUUGAAGUCCUUUAAUAUACUGAUUAACAAGGAUUUUGAAAAUGCCAAGAUUUGCGACUUCGGCGUAAGCGUUCCGUUAAACAACAAAGGCUACCUGGACCGCGUAAAGGCUCCGAACGCACGCUACAUAGGGACGACGCUGUGGUCAGCGCCGGAAGUUUUUAAAAAUGAUCCCGCGCUUAUUAGUGUAAAGGCGGAUAUUUUCGCCUUUGGAUUGACAAUUUAUGAAACGCUAACACUGACACCGCCACACACCUUUGCGGGCAUUAUGGAUGAGGUAAUUACACACCCGGCAAGUGUUGCCAAACGUCGGUUGGACAUGUCCGCCGAUGGUGAAGCUGACGAUGAAGAGGGCGCAGAAAGCGACGAAGAUUUCCCGGAAGGAGAUUCAAAUGAUUAUGGUGAAGAUGAAGAUAUUGAGUUAGCGGAAGAGCCGUGCAAGGUUGUAUUAUCGGACGAUGAUGAGGAACCUUUGCAGAAGAAGAUCAAGACGGCGGGUGUAGAAUCCAUCCCGGCCACUGUUCCUGCGGUUUCGACGUCCAGUAAUGUUGAUGAGGAACCUAUGCUGAAGAAGCUCAAUACCACAGGUGUAGACUCCAUCGCGGUCACUGGUGUGAUUUCGCUGGAUUCGACGUCCAACAAAGGCGAUGAGGCGAAGAAGCUCGAGACCACGAGUGAAGAAACCAUCGCGGCCACUGAUGGUGUGGUUUCGCUGGAUACGACGUCCAGCAACGCUGAAGAGACCUGUGCUGAACCUGUGCUGAAGAAGCUCGAGACCACGAGUGAAGAAACCAUCGCGGCCAGUGGUAGUGUGGUUUCGCCGGAAACGACGUCCAGCAACGCGGAUGAUGGUAAUCCGACUACGCUUAUUCCGAUACUAGACAGCAAUGGCGAGGAGCUAAUACCCGAAAAAAAGGCACCUGCAGUGGAAAUCAUCUGCAUCAGUAGCGACGAAUCCGACGACGAGGAUUCAGACGAGGAUUUAGACGAGGAUUUCGACGAGGAUUUAGACGAAGCAGAGUACGAAACAUUGGAGGUGGGUUCCGACGGCUACGAUGAAUUUCCACAGGAAGAGGCUGACUACGAGGAAGAUGAAGACUACGAGGACGGCCAGUACCUUAACUAUGCCGUCCUGGGAACUCGGCCGCCUAUCCCCAGCCACAUUGACAUCGGCGAGGAGCAUCUUCCGCUCGUGGAGCUGUUCCACAUCUGUACUGAGGUCCUGCCAGCUGAUCGUCCAACCGCCCGACAACUGCUAGAUGCGUUGAAUAAGACCACGCUCGCCCAAGGCAAAACAGACAUCGACACACAGCCGUGCCAUGUCGUGGAAACACCGUCAGUGGGGGGCACCGAAACACAGCCGUCGGAGAAUGAAACGGCUAACUAAAGAAGUUUUUAAUUUUUUUUUUUUUUAAAGUCACAUGAGUUAGUAAUACUUUUUCCUUAUUUUAAUGACCAAAGGCUGUACCUAGAAUUAUUCGCCUAGAAAAGAUGGAUGGAUCAUGUGGUCAUGUGACUAGAUUUAUUUUUUUUUUUUUGUCAGAAGAGUGCUGCGAUUCGUUAGACUAUAUGAAUAUAUUACUUUAUUAAAUUUGUUUUCCUCGAAAACCAGUAUGCACUCUACAACAAAUGGAACCAGCGCAUUACAGUUUUCCAUUAGCGCGUCUCAAUCAAAUUUAAGUACGUUCGAAGACGUAUGUUACUCAGAUUGUUUUUUUUUUAUUAUUAUAAUCGAGAGCAGGUUAGGAAUUACAACAAAAACAAUAAAAU